UGCUAAAUUGAUGCAGAUUUAUCGAAGGCUUUAUCACACGGGAUGGACCGCCUACAGAGAUUAACAAGGCAUUUAUUGAAUUGGCGAAAUCGCAAUGGCUCAUCAGACUUUCGAAGGCGUUGCCACCGGGUGUCUUAAAUAAAUACUGGCCGCCAUGUCCAUAUUCUUGUCGAGAGGCAUCAGAGCAUUUGCGCGUAAUGCAUAUGCUAUGGAAAGCCCGUUGUUAUCGAAAGGCGUUAAGCAAGGAGGACAAAGACCAUUUUGAGUUAAAGAUUCUUGCCGAGUCUUUGUUCAAGAAUAAGAAGAAAUCUUACGCAAAGAGUGUAGGUCCGAGAUUUGUAACCGAUCGUCUCGGUGAGGAGUACAAAGCACUGCGACAGAGCUUUACGAAUAACAUUUUGACAUCCGGAGAAAACAUAAAGUACGCCACUCCCGUCAUUAAAUACGAUCGGCAUGGGUAUAAGCCACGCGAGAGAGUACUCAUUUUAACACAGAAUGCCGUAUACAUUCUCGACACCCUUAAAACCUUCAAGCUUAAGCAUCGUCUACCUUACAAGGCUAUCGAGGAGUUGGUCGUUACCAGGGAGUCGGAUAAUUUACUCGUCGUUAGGAUACCACCCGAAUUGAAAAAGGACAAGGGUGAUUUGAUCUUGGAAGUUCCGCAUUUAAUAGAAGCGUUAACGAAAGCGAUCGAUAUCACCAAUCCGAAUAUUCUUAAAAUCGUCAAUACCGAAUCUGUGUCCCACAAACUAGUCAGCGGUAAGGAGGGAGUCAUCGAAGUUAGGACCGGCGCCACUCCGGCGAUCAGUAAAAAUCGAGAGAGUGGACAUUUAUUAGUGGUCGCUUCCCCGUAAAACUAUCCCAAGAGGAUCUCUCGAGAACCGGAAGAACCGGUGCCACGAUGUUUGGAGCAGCCUUAACACAAUGUGAUUUAGAAAAUACGCAACAGAACAUUAAGAAGAGAUAAUAUAUGACAUUUUAAUACAUCUUUAAAUUACUCCGGCGAUUUUGUCACCUUAUCACGAAAGGGUGAUAAAAUGACAGUAUACAGGUCUUUCAUUCCGACGUACAGAUUACGUCAGAAUUGUUGAAAGUAUGGAAGGCCCAGAGUGCCAUAAGGCCUCCUGUAUAAUAUUUCCUUGUAAAUUAGGUAAUAUUAUUAAACAAUAUUUAUUCUGAUAGGAAGAAGGAUAAAACCGACCGGAUUGGUGAGUUCGCGCUUGUCAGUAAUUUAUAAACGUUAUUUAAAUAUAAACUAAGCUUCAGUUACGCGAGCGCAAUAAAUGGAAAGAAAUUCUCUCUUCACUUUC